AUGGCGAGGAGACCAGCAGGUCGCAGAGACGAGACUGAAAUGAGUCUUCUCUUGAAUAAUGAUGAUGAAGCUGGCUACUCUAGAGGAUCCAAUGAACAGCUGAGGUUUAUGGUGCUUGGAGGUGAUGAUGCUCUUAUGGAUAAAGCAUGUGGCACAAUCCUGGGAGAAAGAGAGAACAGUGAUGCAUUUACAUUUGGAAUAUUGAAGCCUAAAACAGCUCACGUUUGUGGACGAGAGGUUUCUGUAUUAAAAACUCCAUCAUACUGGCUGGAACACUUGAAAUCAUACUACAUUCUCAGCAAUGGAGUCAAAUCUCUGAAAAAUGACCUGCAGUACUUUGAAUUGCUGUUGUUUCCGGGAACUAAUGCUUUUCUGUUAGUAAACGGAGAUGUGAAAAACUCUGGUAGUGAGUAUUAUCUUUUAAAAGCUCUCAGUGGUGUGUUCGGGAAGGAGGUCUUGGACUACUGUGUGGUAUUAUUUAUAGAUGAGACUAGGCAUGAUGAUCCAAGAAAGAACACCUGUUUGAAGAUGUGUGGAGGCAGAUACUACAUUUUACAGAACACUGACGAAAGUCUUGAUCUGUUAUUUAAAAAAACAGGGGCAAUGACACAGUGGAAAAGCAGCAAUUUUUUCACAAAUAAUUGGGAAUUUUUCAGAAAAGCUGAAAAUUAUUUUGAAACUGAGUAUAAGAAAAAGGAGAAUACACUAAGGAUAGAAUUGGCAGAAAAUAAAGAAAGUGUUGAAAAUCUAAAGAAGGAAAUUAAAGAUAUGAAAGAACUAGAUGCAAAGAAAGAUACAGAAUUCAAUGAGAGAAUCAAAGAUGAGCUAAAUAAACUGGCUGAGUCAAAAGACAGAGAAACAAAGCUACGCAGUGAGUUGGCUGCUCUCAAAAGCAGUGAAAACCAGAUGAAGGAGAAGCUAAAACAAGAGAUGAUCAUUCAUGAAGACAGAGAAAAACAGCUACGCACUGAGUUGGCUGCUCUCAAAAGCAAUGAAAACCAGAAGGAGGAGAACUUCCAGAAGCUAAAAGAAGAGAUGAUCAUUCACGAAGACAGAGAAACAAAGCUACGCAGUGAGUUGGCUGCUCUCAAAAGCAGUGAAAACCAGACAAAGGAGAAGCUAAAGCAAGAGAUGAUCAUUCACAAAGACAGAGAAAAACAGCUAUGCACUGAGUUGGAUGCUCUCAAAAGCAGUGAAAACCAGUCAAAGGAGAAGCUAAAACAAGAGAUGAUCAUUUACAAAGACAGAGAGAGACACUUAAAAGAUGAUAAAAUUAAACUUCAGAGAGACAAAGAGAAACUUCAGAGAGAAGUGGAACAGCUCAAGGACAAUAAAAAGCAAGAGAGGAAGACGUACGAGUCAAAGAAAAAGAGCUGCAUGAGAAAGAGAGAGAACUGGAUAGAAGAGUCGAGGAAUUGGAUAAAAGAGAGAGAUCUGGAUGAACGAGAGAAGCAGCUGGAGAUCAGAGAGAGAGAGAAGGCUCGUCUCCAGGGAGAUGUGGAGACGGCACCCGAGGAGUAA